AUGCGAGGACUCCCCAUGGUGGGUGAAAACUGCACAAACACCACAGGAUGUGCGACGGAAUAUGCAGAAUGUGCAGCUGGUACGCCGGGGAACAUGACCUGCAAUUGCAAGAAUGGAUAUGUCCUUGUUGGAACAGAAUGCAGCGGAGGAAGAAGAGGAUUGUCCGGUGGGGCCAUCUUCGCCAUCAUUCUCGUGGUCGGGAUCUUAGCAUCCAUCAUCGGCUUCCUCGUCCACGCCUCCAUCUACAGACCCGAUCGAGUACUUGCCAUCAAGCGGAGACUUGGCAUUGUUCGUCCCAUAACCGAUCGGGUGGAAUACGACACCCUAUAA